AUGGAUCCCUUCCUUAUUGACAACAAGGACAUCCUCGACGCCAUCAUCAAUCAUGUCAUCUUGCCUCCCAAACUUCCAAGUAGCCCAGAAGGCAUUUGCUAUUCUCCAACUUUGCUCAAUUUACUUAUCCAUUCUCUUUCAGCGCUCAGCAAGUCCUGUGGCACCGUCGAGGAAAAGCUCUGCGACAGCCUGAUUGCGUCGCUCAAUGUCUUUAAACAGUGCCAUAAUGAAAAAGAUAUUCUUAUAAAAGACAAUAUAGCUCUUGAACUUUCUAAGAUUAUCGAGACAGGAGGCUACAUGCCCCUGUAUAUCCACGAACAAAACGCCGGCAUGGUCAUCUACAAAAAUGAAGAUAAAAUAUGCUUCGAAUUUUACGAGUUAUCACCACUUAAUGCACCAGUUUGUACCACCGCUGGACGUCUCAAGCGCAGAUUUCCCAGCGCCACUGCCUCUGUCGAUGCAACAGUGAUUUCGGAUCCGAAGUUUAUGUCUACCAUUGUAGAUGCUCUGGCAUCCAUGAGUGUCGAUGCGGUACCUCUCAUGAUGCCUACUAUUCGCGAGAGAAAUAAGUUGGUUCCAAACCAGAAAGAUACUGCCAACCCAGGUAUUAUCAAUAUGCUUCUCGCUGGCUGGCUGAUCGGGCACGGGGAGACCAUACCCGUGUAUCCCAUCGACAAACACACUCGCAACGAGGUUUCGUAUGGCGAUAGCUCCAGCUCCUUGCUUUGGCGACGAUCUCCUUUAUGGCUCCAUUUUCGAGUCUCAAUGCAGAUCCAGCUUCAUCGCCAAAGCUCGCCUGAACAAGCUUCUGCAUUUUACAAGCAGUUCAUGUCGUAUUUUCAUGCACAAAUUCUGCAGUGUGCCCUUGAUAUGCGUUUUGGAAGUGAUAUCCUGGCCUUGGUUAAGGCAAAACUUGCUUAUAGACUCCAAAAGCUGGCCACCCCUGAUACGCCUCACUGGAUGCAAAGGGUAGAAGCUGUCAUGAAGAAUACAAAUGAGACGAUUGAGGCUAGAUGGUCCGCAAUACAAGAUCGCACUGCCUCUAAAACGAUCGACCAAAUCGCGGAUAUACAGCCCAGUGAUGCUCACUUUUCGCUAAGCACGGUAGAAAUCUUUGUUCAACAGCAGACAUCUCCAUCCCGUAACAGCCCCUCAACUAUACCCUUUGAAACCAUUCAACUGAUUGGCUCUUCGCCUGAAAAUCUACCCAAACUUCCACCACCAUUGUACGCUUUAAAGGAUUUGGUUAUAUGCCAACUGGGAGCCUUUGAGCGGUGGGUUGAGUACAACCUCUCUUCCUGGGCAACGGUACAUAUGAAACGCCGGACAAUGGUUCCCGAAAUAUUGGAAGCCGCCCAACAAUAUCAUCAUCAAGCAUCUAGAUCCUAUGUCGGAGAUCCAGAAGGCUUAUCCAUCAUGUACCUCGUCAUAAUGGAGCUCUAUUGUGCGUGCGAUCAAAGCGCUGUUGCCUUGAUGCCAUUGCUUGCCGACUAUGCUAUCCCGAUUCCGAGUCAAGUAUUCUCCUCUCUACUCUUGAGAAGUGAAAAUCAUUUGCAAAGAUUAAAAAAGGAGCAAGAUUACUUAUCUUCCAGAAAGGGGCUUGAAAAGUACGCGGAUCACUCGAUUCUAACGAGCAUGGAAGAAUGCUCCUUCCCUUGUCGAUAUGUCGACCAAAAUACCGACGAACAAGAGGUUUUGAAGAAACUUGAGCAAGCAUGCCAGAAUGAAUUACAAGGUAAAAAGAACGAGCUAAAGAAAAAGCAACAAGCCUUAGCAGAAAGGGAGCCCGAUUCUGAAGACGAAUGUUGUUUAUACGAUGUUGACGCAUCUGGAGUCUCGACACACAAUCCUGCCUGUCCCAAUUGUAUCCGUUCAAAGGCUUUGGAGGGAGACAACUUAAUACAGAUUUCGCCUGUGUUACAACUACUACCACCCUCAGAACAUCUCAAAAAGCUGAUUGUCUUUGAGCUGCGAAUCCCUGGGACCUUCAAAGCAUGGCGAGACGCAAGUGGCUUUGUGCUAAGUAGGGUACUAUGUUUUGCUUGCACCAAUCCGUCAUCCGGAGGAAAAGUUCUGUUGAACGCAUACUCUCGUCUUGAUGACUUUAGAAGCAGGUUACCCAGUGGUGAAUUUGUCGUGCUCGGUUAUAAGGGCCGUACCUCAACCACGCCGAUUCCGGUCACUCAAGCCUUGACUGUGGAGGAGGUAUGUCUACCGCAUGGUCUGAAUUGGAGCUAUAUCCUGAAGGAGAACUAUGCAUCUAUUUGCAUCAACAAGAAGGUCUUUGCGGAGCCAAGCCCCUUCUUUGAUAGCUGUGUCUUUCAGUUACCAACCAAGUCGGCUAGUCUUCAGCAAUAUCUUCACCGUCCUCAUUACAAACCUGCAGGUGUAGAGCCCAACGCUGCACUUGCCCGCCAUUAUGAACACCCAGAUCACCUCUCACAAACUGAAAGCAAAGGCCUCUGUGACUUAGCCUACGGACAAAGACAGCAGUGGCACUCCAUUCUCACACAACUCGCCCAACCCACUGUGGACUGGCGCAAGACGGAAUCUUUGUUGUUUCUUCUCCAAGUCACCCUCCAUGCUGGUCAAUACGAUGAAGAAGAAGAGGCAUGGAAGACACGAGUGGAUCUUUCGAAGCGAGACUUUGGACUCGAAUCUAGCCGCAUGACCUGGGUAUGUAUCCAUAUUGCCCUCUGUCUACGGGACUGUGCUACACAGAACGUUCGCCAGAUUACCGACAAGGUCUUGACUGCCUGCCGAGAGCAGCUGAUGCAUAAUUUGAAAACUAUAUAUAAGCAAGAAGCUUACGCCUGCUCUUUGGAUUUACAGCACCGAGCACUCGAAAUCGCGCUCAUGGUCUUACAAACAUAUGAAGUGGACGAGGAGUCUCUGGUUAGCCAGUUCAGCGACAGCAAUGUCUUACAGUAUUACCUUCUUUGUGCCAUCCUGGUUUCCUACUCUCGUAAUGAUGACCACCACGUUAAGUUUGAUGAGUUUCAGAAGUCUUUAUACCAACAGCAGCGGAGAAGAGUCUUUAGAGUCUUGCGAUGCAUUGCAAUAGCGGUGCACAGUUGCCCAGAAGAACUAGAUCGAGCCAUUCGCUUCCAUAUUGACUCUUUUAAGGGUGGACAGCCAUGGUCAUGGAAUGGAGACCACUGGCUGUUCACGGACGCGGAGCAUAGUACUGGAGAGCCUUGUAGGGUUCAUAUCAACAUUCUUACCUCGGAAAUAUUCAUCAAUGAUAAUGUCUGUUGCCAAAUGCCACAACGAUUUCUACGUGCGAAUCGGUAUAGGCAUCUCUUUGGUCGCCAGCGCCCUGAUGUAUCGUCGCUCAAGGACUCAAGUUUCGAUUAUUGCUUACAAAAGACAUUCCAGGGUUACAAGGUCAACGUUGGCCUGGAAAAGCCCAGCACGUCUCUCAAAAACAAAACAUGCGGCACAACUAAUAUCAAGGCUUUAGAACUCUACGUUCAUGCCACGACGGAGAACGAAGAGUACAUCCUGCUACCCGAAUGGCUCUUCCAUGAACGGCUACCAACCUGCUUUCUUCAGAAAUACAUUGCUUGGUAUUGCCGGAUUACGGAUACCAUCAUCUUCAGACCAAAACAUCAUCCUUGGCGCAAUGGUGAUGGAUGUUUGACAAGCCGUAGAAUCAAUGGUAUUCCGCAUACUUGGUGUCUUGAAAGAUCGGAUGGGCACCGUCUGGUAUGCUCAACAUCUCCAGGUGCAGCAUCUUUAGCUACGGCUUUUCAGGGCUUUGUAGACAUCAAUACCAUGGCAAUAUGGAUGACCAAGGAUUCAUCCAAAUGCAUCAUUUCCGUGGAUAGCAUGAAGCUAGACUUUGAGCGCAAAAACGGCAGCCCUACGAUCUACUCAAAGCAGUUCCGAGGGAUGUACCUCGACUACAAUCAAAAUAUCGGCACGUUAUACGGUCUUCAAACCAAAUUGGUACUUACGUCUGAUGCAUUAUUUCAGAACAAGAAGCUUCUUAUACCAGACGGUGCCAUUGAGUUUACUCUAAUGUCAGAUGUAGCAGAGUUGCCUCAUGUACAAGUCAACAUAGCCAUCGCCGAAGCAAACACAUACCAUGCCUACGAUAUCGAUCCGCAUUUGGGUCAGUUGAAGGCAGGCAAUGCUUUACAGGGAAGGCUUUUCCUCGCAUAUAUUCACGCGAUAACCUCAUACGAAGCGCCUGACCCUCUGACCUCGAAGACGGGUGUCGACAGUGCGCUGGAAAUUCUCCGUUCAAGCGAGGUGGCAUCAUUUGCAUCACUGGGAUUAAAAACCUCAGAAAAUAUAUUGGUUGAAAUCUUGAAGCUAUCUCCAACCAUGAGAGUAAAGGGUGGUUCAACAGGACUGUUUACCAGUUGGAUAUCACAACUGCCUCUAAUAACCCAACGACAAGACUUUUAUACGGAAGCAUGCAACAUAUUACAGUUAGCUUUUACGCAGAACCUUGAAGUAACAAAUUGGAGGAAUUGUGACAAAUUUCAACCGCUCAUCUUAGAGAAGAGUGCAUUGAAUCACCACAAGCGAAGGUGCGCCGCAUUCUACAACGACGGCAGCUACAGCCGUCUUUCCCAUGCAGCCAACGAUGCCAACUAUCCUUCUGACGAAGAAGAUCCAUUCAUCGCUCCUUUGACCAAAGGCAAAGGCAAAGGAGAGACAGAUAUAAAUGAAAACUACGGCGCUUCGGACCCCAUGAGCCGAGGGCACUGCUUGGACAUGCUGAGUAUGAUUACACACUGCACCAAGGCGGCCCAAGAGAAGAGACCAAUGAAAUGUAAAGUCUCCUCGGCUUUUCAAAGCCGGGUUAUUGAGCUAAUAAAUCACAAAAGUGGUAUCUCGGCCAAUAACAACAGUCUCGAUAUCAAUUCGCUUUCAUAUAAUGCUGCAUGGCUAAAGGAUCUUCAACAGAAGCUGGGCCAGAACUGGUGCACCCUCCACUCCAGGCUUAAAAACACUACAUCAAGCAUAAAUACACCUGCGAUGAUACUAUUUAUUUCAUCUAUUGCCUUUCUUACCGGAGAAAACGAUACCAUUGUUUCCAUUCUCUUGGGCUUUCUCUCCCGAUCCCAUGUGGCACAGGUCGCUCGGCCACGAGGCGAUCGUUUCUUCGUAAACACAAAACGGGACAUCAAAGACUCUUUUAUUGUCAAAGAGCUCUCAAAGCGUACUUUUACAGACGCCCAAAAGCUCGGAUAUACCAAAGAUUCGAAGACCUUUAAUAUUGAGGCCAGGGCUAUGAUCCAAGCUCUCAAGAAUCGAUUUCUCAUACACUGGAAUAAAAGGGACUGGAAAGAUUUGACCUUUAAUCCCCAAGACGUCUACUAUGUGGAUAUUUUAAAAACAAAAAAGCAAGUCAUUAGAUUAUUUCAACAGUAUGGUACAUCCGCCGUCUUCCGAAACUAUAUUCAACAACUUCAUGAACAACUCAAAACCAUACCAAAAGGUACCUGGUACCAAAUCACCAAUUCAGCCCUGCCUAUGUAUACGGGGUUAGCCGAGACUCCUAAACGCCAGUCACUGGCUGAUCCAUGGCAAUUGCAUGCGUUUCGAGACAUAAAAGAGGUCAUGCUGCCUCCUCCAGACCUAGCUACAAGUCUCGAGGGAUGCGUACAGCACCUAUUAUCCGACGACCUCGUUCCGAUCGAGAGUCUGGUUGAAGAUGUUAAGUCUGCUGCAGGGUCAGAAUAUGAAAAGGAGUAUGCGCAUAAGCUCGCAGUCAGCUUUGAACAUCUGGAAGACAAUAAUCAUACUUCUUCUCUCGUUGUAAACCGUUUAACCUUAAACAGAAAACUGGACGAUUGCUAUCAUGAGGCAUUGUCCAUCGAACAGACAAUCUUCGGGCAACUGAGUUCCUGUAUUGUCUCCAAUAUGCCUACUGGAUCGCAGGGUGUUUCAUUUCGCCAGCAUUUCCUUCCAAAACCCAGCAUUCGCCUGUUACUUCGACAUCUUAACAGGAGCAAUCGACCAAUGGUCUCUAGUUCUUUCUAUGAGGCCUUGAUACAACUUGCAGUCUGUGUGGCUUCGGUUCAACAAUGCGUGCGUCUCUUACAAGCAGCGAACGAGAUAAUUUGCAACGAUUACGAUGCCAAAGUCGAUAAACAGAAGCUAAUUCGUGAGCUGUCCAACCUAGAACCAAGGCAGUGGGAGAAUAUCGACUACGGGGAUGGCCUUCUUUUUGAGAUUGAAAACAACAUCCGAAUACGUCCUACUCAAGCCGCCGUUUCGGACCAUAUGCUGACCCCUCAACACAAUGGAAACUUUUCGUUUCAACUUAACAUGGGCGAGGGCAAAACCUCUGUUCUUCUUCCCAUUAUUGCAGCCUCCAUCUCGUCCUGUUCUGCUUCUGCCUCUUCCACUACGUCAUCGACUGCUUCUUCUUCUUCUUCCUCGGUCAAAGGAAAUCAACGUAUUGCCAGAAUUAUAACAAUUAAAUCUCAGAUAAAUCAGGUUUUUGAUAAACUGGCCGUGAGUCUGGGAGGCUUACUACAGCGCCGCAUCUUUCAGAUUCCAUUUUCUCGCAGACCUGAACUGAACUUCCGAGUUUGCAGCGGGUUGAGACACACCAUCCAAUCAGCCCAGCAGAUGGGUGGCGUAUUCAUCUUCCAAUACGACCAUUUAUUAUCCCUUAACCAUAUGGCAACGGUUUCGUUGCUCAAAGAAAGAACUGAGCCGGCAGGUAUAGAGCUACGUAGGCUCAUUGCGCAGUUCGAUGACUGUUCGGUGGAUAUCAUUGAUGAGUGUGACGAUGUCCUCUCUGUCAAGUCGGAACUUGUGUAUACUUACGGAAUGCAGAGACCUGUUGACUUUGCGCCCUAUCGCUGGUGUAUCCAACAAACAAUGUUAGAUUUGAUUGUUGAAGCAGCAAAAGUGGCUUUGGAAAUUUUACCCUCUGCCAUAAGCAUUACUUACGACAAGGGCCCAAGGUCGUUUCCCAAAAUUGAAGUUCAUAAUAGUCAAGGUAUCGAAAUAAUCCGACAGAGCAUCGCUACGCACAUCGUGGAUCGCGGCAUUGGCGACUUCACGCUCGAAGCACUCUGGGUAGGCCUCUCGGGCGAGCCGCUCUUCAUUGCGAAGCGCAAUGUCGUAGAUUAUAUUAUGUACUCCAAUCCUGCAAAAGAAUCAGUUGCCUUUGCUGAGACUUCAAAGUACCACGAUACUCGAAUACAGAAAACUCUCUUCCUGCUGCGUGGACUUCUUCAAGGGGGAAUCAUUGACAUGGCCCUGCGACUAAAACGAUUCCGAGUUCACUAUGGCUUUGAUCAUCGACGUUCUCAUGCCGUGCUACUCGCAGUGCCAUUUGCAGCAAAGGAUUUGCCCAAGGCAACUUCGGAGUUCAGCCACCCCGAUACCGUCAUAUUUCUUACAUGUCUUUCGUACUAUUAUGAAGGACUCUCUGACGAGCAGUUAUUCCAUGUGCUGGUGGAUGUUCAGGACUCUGAUCACGGCCCUUCAAUAUAUCGUGAUUGGGUAGAAGAUUUGCCAAAUUUGAGUGCGCCGUUCAAAUCUCUUGAGAGAGUUAAUCUCCAAUAUCGGCGUUUGUGUAUCGAGAAGCUGUUUCCUCACCUACGCUUCAACAAAGGUACCAUUGACUAUUAUCUUUCCAAGAUUGUCUUUCCGAAGGCAAUGAGGGAAUGUCCUGAGAAGCUCACAGCGUCUGGGUGGGACAUUUGCAAAGCAAAGAAAUACCCAGUCAUGGGUUUCAGCGGAACAAACGACUCCAAUAAGCUAUUUCCUCACUCAAUAAAGCCAUUCAAGCUUGAGCCAUUACUCCAUACAAAUGCCCUCACCCUAAAAUUACAACUCUCUCCGGGUAACAAGGUAGAACGGUUAUUUAUCGUAGGAAGUACGAGCCGGCCAAAUUGUCGGCAAAUUUUGGAUAUCCUCGCUAAUAACCAAGACAAAAUCAAUGUGAUCAUUGAUGCUGGCGCCCAAAUUAUCGAUUGGGACAAUACCACUGUGAUUCGAGAGUGGCUUCAAUACGAAAAGGAUAACAAAAACGUCACUGCAGGCGUAUAUUUUGACGCCACAGGCGAACUCGUCGUCAUGGACAAGAACCAGUUUUGCCAGCCACUCAAACUAUCUCCUUACCAAUAUCGCCUUGAGGAAUGCGUUGUGUUUCUUGACGAGGCCAACUCGCGAGGUACAGACCUCACACUUCCGAGGCAUUAUAGAGCAGCAGUUCUCCUCGGCGAUGGUAUUACCAAGGAUCGCAUGGUCCAAGCCAGUAUGAGAAUGCGAAAACUCGGCGAAGGGCAAACAGUGACAUUUUUCAUCCCACAAGAGGUAGAGCACAAAGUACGACAGCUUAUAAGCAUAGAUGCAUGCCGUAGCAUCAUUGUCAAUGAUAUACUGCUCUGGGCCAUUCAUCAAACAUGGCAAGAAGUGAGGCGAUCAAGCCCAAUCUGGGCAUCGCAGGGACUGGGUUUUACUCGACAACGGGGAAUAAUAGCCAGUCAAGAAAACGACCAGGACGACAAAGCAAGGUCCUCUUCGCGCAUAACAACCAUGAUAGCUGCAGCAGUUCACAGCGCAGCUCAGCGCCAUAUAGCCUCCCAUGCUUUUGCCCAGAAGCUCCUGGAGCCCGAAUACCAAACGCUCGAGCAACGCUUUUGUUGGAAACACAACGAUGAGCAGGAACGUGAAUUGUGCCCCGAGAUGCUCCAAGAGAUGGAAAUUCAAACAAAUCCGCAGAUUGAUCCAGCGGAUCACUACAUACGUGACAGCUUAAGACACGUCAUUAAAACAGGUGAAAUAAAAGACAACGGUUUUAUCUCAGCGUUCGAGUCGCUCCUAGCGAAAAAUAGACAUACGACAAAACUCCUGGCGCCCCUCAGGACGGAGUUACGGGUUACCAAUGAUUUCGCUCUGGUUAUCAAAGGCGUUGACCCUAACACACGUACUUCUUUUCACAGGCACGUUCGUUGGGUGCUGGUGGUAAAUCAACCAACAGGCCAGACGGGUAUGAUUGUCAUCAGUCCAUUCGAAGCAGAGACGCUGUGGGCUGAGAUAAAGCAAUCAAAGCAUGUCACUCUACACUCGUAUAGCCCUCGACAAUUGCUUAAUUAUCCCCCCAUUGACGGACUUUGGCGGCGUUCAACGGCAGAUCGACGUAGAACGUCGGGCGAGGCAAAGCCAAAGCCAAUUCCCAUAGACUUGCUUUCGGAUCUGAAUAUUUUUGCUGGGCAAUUAUACUUUCGGUCGUAUGAUGAAUAUUGGCACGUCGCCCAGAGGCUUGGCAUCCCUAUUCCCAACAAGGCACCGACUUCACAAGAUUCGCUUUUUAUUCCGGAUGCUGGACCGACAUUCCAAAUGGCAAAGGUAGAAAGUUUUGUGAGGGAUAUCAUAUCAAUAACAAGACGUGAAGCGCGUGGUGCUGAUUUAACACACAUGGGCAAGCUACUGAGAGGUAUGGCCCUUACACCAGAAGAUUUCGUAACUUUCAAAAUACUGGAUGAUGUAGCCUUUCCGAAAGCUGACCCGCCAGAAAUGCCCACGUGUCUAAAUACAGAGUCUUCGAAGAUACUCAAGUACGAGGACCGUGGCAAUGCAUCUCCAUGUUCGAGCAAGAAUAAACAAAUUGAUCAUCAAAACGUCGUCAACACGCUUGAACCGUGUCUGCCGUCCAUACUAGGUACCAAGCGAUCCGUUGAAGAGGUUGAUCCCAACCCAGACACGCAGCCAAAAACAAAACGCACCAGGAAUGAUUGGGGGCCAUUCCUUUGCGAUAGUGACAGCGAGGACGAGGCGAUUGGAACUAUGAAGAAGGGUUAG